AUGUUUCAAUAUACACCUUAAGAAGAGACCUACUAUAGAUAACUCUGGGCUCCCUUUGAUCCAUAAGUAUUUCAAAUUUAUUUGAUUCUUAGGGUCUAGGCUUUGCAGAGGCCAAGGGUACUGUUUAAUUUUUCAAAAAAAGUCGACUUCCAGUUGAUACACUAAAGAGAAUAUGGAUUGCAGGAGUAAAGAGUUAAGAAGGCAAACUUUAUUAUUCAGAAUUUGCCACUGUUAUGAGACUUAUUGCAUAUUGUUAAAAUGGAUUUGAAUUCAAUGAAUAAUUAUUGAACUAAAAUAGUCCUGUUCCUCUACCUGUGAUGGAAGGAAUAUAAAUACCCUAAUAAUAAUAAUAACCUUAAUAAUAAUUAAUCUAAUAAUCAUAAUAAUAACAGUUCAACAACUUUUAAUAAGCUUAAAAUUAGUUACCUUAAUCAAAUUACUUCUAAACAUAGCCAGUUCCUAAUAAUGUUCAAAUUUCACUCUAAUCCUAUUUGGAACCUAAGCUAGAAUUUUCAAAAGUAUUUAAAUUUACAUUAUUUUAGUAUGAUUUACCUGAUGAUUAAUAUAAUAAAUAUGAACUCUGUUUCACACAAUAAGAUAAAGCACAUUAAGGAUCUAUAUAAGGUGAUUAAGCAUUAGCAUUCUUUUAAAAGUCAUAACUUCCAGCUUCAACUUUGAAUCAACUUUGGAGUUUAGUUGAUAUUGGACAAAAAGGUUUUUUAUUUAAGAAUGAAUUUAUUGUUGCUGUUCAUUUAAUAGCUCUUUGUCGAAAGGAUACGCCUUUACCUUAAGUAUUGCCUGAAUCUUUACUUUAAUUAAUAAGAAGGGAUUAAUAAUAAAAUUAAGUUCGAUCAACAUCAUAAACGAUGCCACAAAUAAUUUCAGGUUUACCACCUUAACCAUAAAGAGCAGGAUCUUAGAAUGAAUUACAAGGUUCCAAUCUUCAAACCAGUUACUAAUAGAAUAAAAUUUAAAAUUAAACCUAAUAGAUUUAAUUUGCAAACAAUGUAGAUUAAUAAAAAUAAAUAAUUGAAGAUAAGAAGAAGGAUGUUGAAUUUCUCAAUCAAACCAUAUAAAAGCUUCAAAGUUUUUAUGAUUUCCUUAAGAAAGAAUAAGAUGAAUUGCAAGCUUAAAUAACUUCAUUAAAUGAUUAAUAAACAUAGAAAUAACAUUAAAUGAAUAUUUUAUAGGAUAGUAUUUUACAUCAAUUAUAAGUAAAUUAAAACUUAUAGAAAUAAUUGUAUGAAUUGAAAUAAACCAAUUAAGUUUAAGAAAAUUAAACUCCUACAUAAACAACUUAAUUUUAGACUAUACAUGUAUUAGUUAAUUAAUAUAACACUUUUAGAUUGAAGAUGAUUAUGAUUAUUCAAAUUAUAGAGCAAAGAAAGAUAAGGUAGUUUCUGGAGGUAACUAAAACACUGAAAACUUUCCUUGGCAUUGAC